UGCAUUGCUUGUGCACCGGCUCAGAGUCUCAGUAGCUCAGCUCCUCAGUGUAGCCUCUGCGCCAGCACAGUGCACUGCACCAACAGCAGCUUCGAUUCAGCGCCGAUGCAGGCGACGAUGGCCAGCGGCGGCCUCUGGCUGUGGUGGCUGAUGCUCUUCGGCGCCGUGCUCGCGGCUGCGAGCGGAGGAGGAGAGCAGAGCCCGAGGGCGCCGGCGGCGCCGGCGCUAUUCGUGUUCGGGGACUCCCUCAUCGACAGCGGCAACAACAACAACCUCGCCUCGCUCGCCAAGGCCAACUACUUCCCCUACGGCAUCGACUUCACCGCCGGCCCCACCGGCCGAUUCUCCAACGGAUACACCAUCGUCGACGAGCUCGCUGAGCUGCUUGGGCUUCCCCUGGUGCCGCCCUACUCGCAAACGUCGUCCGUCCAGGAAGUCCUGCAGGGCGCCAACUACGCCUCCGCCGCCGCCGGCAUCCUCGACGACAGCGGCGGCAACUUCGCCGGACGGAUCCCGUUCAACCAGCAGAUCCGGAACUUCGAGUCGACGGUGGCGCAGAUCGCCGCCGCGGCCGGCGAUGCGGCGGCGGCGGACAGGGUGGCGCGGUCCAUCCUGUUCGUGGGUAUGGGGAGCAACGACUACCUCAACAACUACCUGGCGCCCAACUACGACACCAGGCGCCGCUACGACCCGCACCAGUUCGCCGGACUCCUCGCCCGCCAGUUCGCCUCCCAGCUCACCAGGCUGUACAAGGCCGGAGCCAGGAAGUUCGUGGUGGCCGGCGUGGGUUCGAUGGGUUGCAUCCCGACGGUGCUGGCGCAGAGCCUCGCCGGCCGGUGCUCGCCGGAGGUGGACGGCCUCGUGCUGCCGUUCAACGCCAACGUCAGGGCGAUGCUCGACGGCCUCAACGCCGACCUCCCCGGAGCCCGGUUCACGUACCUCGACAACUUCCGUAUCUUCAAGGCCAUCCUCGCCAACCCGGCCGCCUUCGGGUUCAGCGUGGUUGACAGGGGAUGCUGCGGCAUCGGGAGGAACGGCGGGCAGAUCACGUGCCUGCCGUUCAUGCCGCCGUGCGCGGACAGGGAGCGCUACUUGUUCUGGGACGCCUACCACCCGACGGCGGCGGUGAACGUCAUGAUCGCCAGGGAGGCGUUCCACGGCGGCGCCGACGUGAUGGCGCCCAUCAACGUUGGGCAGCUCGCCAGGCUCUGAUCAAGAUGAUCAGAACUUGAUUCCGCGCUUAUAUUAGUUGUGAACCGUACAUAUAAUCGUACCAAUAAAAUCUGGAGGCCAUCUCCAUGCGCAUGAUGUGAACCGUACCUAUAGUCGAUGUUGAAAACAUGUACUACGUACUAGCUGCUGGCGCAACGGCACCGCGCAACACGCGCCUUUGGACCUCUGUUCCUGAGCGUCCGGCUCCGGUCUCACUAAACACAAGUGCACCGGCUCCCAGGCCUAAUAGGGUUGCUUUACACAAGCCGGCCCAACAUGGAGAGCAACCCCCCGCCCCCGCGCAAAACACUAGUCCAAUCGGCGAGCAUUCCCUCAUACGUAUAAGUUGAGCUACUCCCAACACUAGCUGUGUCCUUUUUAGUUCAGAUGGGUUGUAGUGCAUAAUUAUGGUAUUAGAUUAUAAGGGAUGGUAUAUGUACAAAACGGUAACCAUGUACUCGAAGAAGAGGAAGCUGCAUUGACUCUGAGAUGUUGAUGUCCA